AUGCAUGCGAACCACGUUAAAUUUGCUGCCGAUGUUAACACUAAACCAAAAGCGAAGCCGAUUUCACCGCCACCAAAGCCAUCUGAAGUGACCGCACCACCGCCUUCCAUACCAUUUGCGAUUAAGGACGAAGUGGAAUUGCUACGAUCUGGUGCUCUGAACAAGCACGGUAAUCGGGUGAAGACACAAGCUGUGGGAAAAUCAGCAGACAUCUCCUUACUCAAUACUUCCGUAGGACUAUUGUAG